UAUUAUUUUUUGUCUAUUUCACUAGAACCAUGGCUUUAAAAUCAACAAUAAUAAAUCUAUAUUAAUAAAAUCCGUGAAUGAAUUCGUUUCAUAGUCUUGUGAAUACCCAUUUUAUUGGUGCUGUAUAGGCAGAAUAUAUUCCAUCAAUUCUUCAUCAAUUUUGAGCAAAGAUGUUCAGCUUCAAGUCAUGGAAAUGCUUUCCAAAUUUUCGUUGCAACAGGCAAAUUGACUCGAUUGACAAAAGACAUUGCAAUCUGAUUGUUGUUCCCGACGAAGUUUUUCGUUACAAUCGAUCGUUGGAAGAAUUAUUGUUGGAUUCCAAUCAAAUUAGGGAUUUGCCAAAGCAAUUUUUUCGCCUCACAAAGCUGAAGAAACUGACAAUUGGUGACAAUGAAAUUCAAUCUUUACCAGCAGAAAUUGGACAUUUGAUUCAACUUGUUGAUUUUGAUAUCAGUAGAAAUGAUUUGGCAGAGCUCACAGAAAACAUCAGGUUUUGUAAGAUGCUUGAAGUGGUUGACUUGAGUGGAAAUCCUCUUACAAAAAUCCCACAAGGCUUAUGUGAACUUCCAAAUCUCAAGCAUCUCAAUCUGAAUGAUGUUUCUCUUCUACGACUUCCCCAUGAAAUCGGAAGUCUUGCAAAUCUCCAUACCCUGGAAUGCAGAGAAAAUCUUCUCUCAACCAUACCAGAGACAAUUUGUCAGCUUAGAAAUCUGGAACAAUUAGAUCUCGGCAACAAUGAACUAGAAGAACUUCCAGAUUCUCUCGCUGAAUUAAAAAUGCUCAAGGAGCUAUGGCUUGAUGGAAAUCACCUGGUAGUUAUUCCAGAGGAAAUCGGUCAUCUGACACGAUUGACUUGUCUGGAUGUUACAGAGAAUAAAAUGGAAGUAAUACCCAACUCAAUAGGAGGACUUGCAUCAGUUACUGAUUUAACACUGUCUCACAACUUCUUGGAUUGCUUGCCGAACUCUAUUGGUAAAAUGGAGCGGUUAUCGAUAUUAAAAGUGGAUCAGAAUAGACUCACCGUACUCUGUCCUGAGAUCGGGGAUUGCAAAAACGUUACGGAAAUGAUGUUAACAGAGAAUCAACUAACAUCUCUUCCACCAUCAAUCGGAAGACUCAAAAAUAUGACAACGCUUAAUUUGGACAGAAACAAACUAAAAGAAUUACCGCCAGAGAUUGGUGAAUGUGUGGCUCUCAACAUUUUAUCGGUACGAGAAAAUCUUCUGGCGUCGUUACCUGAUGAACUCGGAAAAUUAUCGAAUCUUCGUGUUCUUGAUUUGAGUGGAAAUAAACUUGAGAAUUUACCAAUCACAAUUGCUUCAUUGAGCUUGAAUGCACUCUGGUUGUCUGAAAAUCAAUCUCAACCUUUGCUGAAGUUUCAAACCGAGACAUUGGAAAAUGGAACUCAAGUUUUGACUUGUUUCUUAUUACCACAACAACCUUCACAAAGCAUGACGAACCUGCUUAAUGGCAGCGUCGCAACAGAAAACGACCUGACAAAUCUUGAGAAACAAGGAAAGAGAAUUACUUUCCAUGAAGAUCAACUUCAGCAGGAUGAAGAGAAAGAAGGCGUUGGACUGGAAAGACAUCUCACUCCUCAUCCGAAAGAAAUGAAAAAACAUCAACAGAGUGAGGUUCUCAAACGACACAGGGAAUUACAAGGGCAACUGAAAGCCGAAAAAGCUGAGAAAUCAAACAAAGAUCUUGAUACUAAAGAAACUGAUGAAUUAUUGAAAACUGAACGGGAUGAAGAAGAUAAAAUGCAGGGACUUGUAGUUUCAUUCGACAGAGAACCUGAAGUUUUGAAACAAUCUGAUGAAAAGAAACAAUUAUAUGAAGAAGAAGAAGAAGAUGCCAAACAAGUCAAUGGUGAGGCUGACAGAAGAUCUUCAUCUGGUAGUCAGUCUAGCCUACAUUCACAGGAAGUAACAGAUGAGUACGCGGAGAAAGAAGUCCAAUUUUCACCAUCCACUGAGAAUACUGAGUUUAAGCCAUCUUCAUAUGAUAAGUUACAAAGGAAAGAUACUCCUCAUUAUAAACGAGAUAUGAAAAUAUCAAACACAAGCAAACCUGAGAAUGUUAUCGAACUUGUGCGAAGACAAUCUAGUAAAAAAACACAGCAAAAUGAAGCCACCAGUCAUACAGAAGAGAUGGAAUUGACAAUCUACAGACAAGGUGGUGGUUUAGGGUUGAGUAUCGCCGGAGGAAAGGCAUCAACACCUUACAUAGGAGAGGAUGAAUCAAUAUUUAUAUCAAGAGUAACAGAGGAAGGUGCAGCAGAUAGAGCUGGUGUCUGCGUUGGCGAUAAAUUGCUCAUGGUUGGUGAUCAUUCAUUAGUCGAUGUAGAUCAUCAAACUGCCGUUGAUAUUUUGAAAAAUUCUGGUGAAACUGUUGAUAUUGCCAUUGAAAGAACUCAUUAUAAUGAGGUUCAUCAAGAGUCAUCCAUUCAUGAAGUAGAAGAAGAAAUUCCUGUCAAACAACAAACUGUAGUUACCUUUGCUCCUGAACCUGAGAUGAAAAUUCACGGAGAGACGAUAUCAACGAGUUUGGUAAAAUCGGAAAAUGGUCUUGGAUUUUCAAUCGCUGGUGGUAUUGGUUCAACCAUGUAUCAUGCCACGGAUCCUGGGAUCUUCAUUUCUAAGAUUGUUGAAGACGGUUGUGCUGAUGUUGACGGAAUUUUACAAGUUUCUGAUAAAGUAAUUUCGAUUAACGGCAUCGAAAUGAAAAACAUGAGACACGACGAAGCUGUCAGGCUUUUAACACAAGUUCCUAUAUCAUCACCUGUUGUUAUCGUCGUUUACAGAGAAGAUAUUUAUUAUUCCCAGCCUUCCCCUCCCCCUGUUCAAUCCAAUAAUAACAAUAAAAGAAGCGCAACACCCCCACCACCUCCCACAUAUAACAAUGUCAAUGCUGAUGAAAAGUUUGUAACAGAAGAAAUAAUUCUUCACCGUGGAGAUGGUGCUCUUGGAUUUAGCAUAGUUGGAGGAAGUGAUCAUAUAAGCCAUCCAUUUGGUGUUGAAGAUCCAGGAAUUUUUAUAUCAAAGCUUCAACCGGGAGGAGCAGCGGCAUUAAGUAACUUAAAUAUUGGUGAUAGAAUUCUGGAAGUUAAUAAUACUAAUUUAAGAAAAGCAACACACGCCACUGCGGUUGAUGCGUUAAUAGAUAGCGGAGAAAACAUAAGGUUACUUGUCAGGCAUGAUCCACCACCUGAACAAAUGCAGGAGAUCAAUUUCACAAGGUACUCCGGUGAAAAGUUAGGAAUCAGUAUCAGAGGUGGUGUACAAGGACAACCUGGAAAUCCAAAUGAUAACACUGAUGAAGGAAUUUUUAUAUCAAGGAUUGCGAACGAUGGGGCAGCGACUCGAGAGGGUCGUCUCAAACCUGGUCAUAGGUUAUUGGAGGUUAAUGGCCAAUCAUUACUCGGUAGCACUCAUGCUGAAGCAGCAAAAGCACUCAGAGCUGCAGGAGAGUAUAUCUCUUUACUUGUGUGCUAUGGAUAUGAUGCUGAAGACGGAAUUGGUCCAGAGGAUGUGAAUAUAACGACUUCAAAUAAUGUCAGCGAUAGCAUGGGAUCCAUCGACCAAGAUUUGUCUCCCGAGGAGUUUAAUAUUAAAAAACAGGAAGCUGAUAUGAUCAGAGAACAAGAUGAAUGGGAAAAAGAAGAAAAUGAAAAAAGAAAUAAACAGAUUGAAGAAAAAGUUCAAGAAGAAGAAGAAAUUAAGAAAGUGAAUGGAGAGGUUCACACUACUGAACCAAUUGAAGAAGUGACGGAAGAUCCCACUACAUUUAAAUUCAAUUAUCAUGAUCUUGCUGCUUUACCAAGCAGAAAAAAUAUUGAUAAAGUAUUGCCUGCUGCACCGAAGUUUUCUAACAACACCAACAACAAUGCUGUUGAUUUUCGCACUGCAUCACAACCUCGUUCAUUUGAACCCCCCAUGUCUGCUCCCCCAGUCCCUAUGCGGGUACCUGCUUCUAAAGUACCCCCACCUGUACCGGAAAAAACAAUGUCGUUUAAAGAUCGACGCAGUAUGUUUGAAAGUUCUGCUUUCAAAUCACCUGAUCCUGAUGCAAGUGUUCGACGAAAGAAAAUCAGUCUUGUUAGUGUUCAAGAUCUCGGGAGUUUAAAGAGGGAAGAACAACGAAAGUUUGGUACACUGUCAAAAGAAGAUAUUCGUAAAUCGUUGGAUCUAGAUAGGAUGGCAGAGGGUGCAGAUGAAGUUGUUCACAACAUUGAGGAUAUGUCUGAGCCAGUACCAAAAACACCUCACACACCUUCACAGAAAAGUCCUUCAUAUAAAGUACCUGAAAGACAAUUGACGGCUAAAGAAAGACUGAUGGGACAAGCUGCUUUAAAAUCAAUGUCAGAUGGACAUGAUAGGGAAGCGAUAAGAACAUUAGAAAGGGAUAUGGACAAGACUAAUAAAUUUUUCAACGAACCUUCUCCAUUUGCUCACUCUGUUGACCCAAGGAGAGAUUUAUCGCCAGCUGAUAAGAGAGCACACGAAGCAAUGAAAAGACAACAAAAAAGACAGGAAGUCUUGAGGUUACUUGAAGAUGACGCAAUUCAAGCUCAGAUGGUCAUAACAAAAGAAAAAAUGAUUCAAAAAAGACUGAGCGACAGAGGGUCUUACAGUUAAAUAAAAUACACACUGAAUCAAAACACCAUGUAGUUACCGACUAAUCAACAACAUUACCACGACUGAAUAAAAAGGGAUCUAGAUUUCUAUCAAUCAAGUGUAAAAAGAAUUUUGCCAAGUUUGAGCUGUGGAUAAGUAGGAACAUGCUACUUUAUGAAUAACUCACUGCUUGUCGAAAUAUUUGCUUCAGAAAAAUUGAUAUUUACACUGAAAGAAAGUUUGUAUAUAUUUGGCAAUGGCUUCAAAAUUUAUUUUACUUUUCUUGUAGUCUGUCGCGUUUUAAUCUGUUAUUGUAGCCGUUUUUAUUGCCUUAUUAUUGAAAAUAGUUUGUCUGCACUCUAUAAUAAAGACGUGGUGCUAUUUUUUGAGGUUUUUAAACAACUUGUUGUUUUUUGCGUUACUAUUAAUUGAAAUAAUUAUUGAUGUUUUUGUCACAAAUCAACACCAAUCAUUGAAAUUUUUUAUUACGUUGUCGCAACAAAAGUUAUAGCUGUUGUAGUUUUUAGUUCAUUGCUUAGAUUUUACCCAAAAAAAUGGUUUUAGCAUUUAAAUAUAGAAAUAUCUGUUUAGAACAAGAAUUUUAAAACCCAUGUUGAUAGUAGUAGUCAAAGUAGUUUUGAAAAUUUAAAACUUGCUAUUACAAAAUAAAUUUACUAAGUAAAAUUUUUAGCAUUCAUAGUAAUUUUACUGUUAACCAUUUUGAAACAUGAUUCUCACAUCUGACAUUGAUUAUUCAAUAUAAUGGUAUCUAACAAAUGCGAAUGAUUGUGAGGUUUAGAUUUGAAUUCAGAUUUAACAGCCCACUAAAUGGAAACACAAUUUUUAAAAGCAAAAUUCUCUGAUCAUACAAGGAUAGUCGAUCAUAGAUAAGAAGAAAUUUUUAAAGAUAAAAUUUUGAUAAUUUUUCAAAUACACAAAAAUGCUUAUCGCAAAACAAACACCUUGUAGGAUUCUGGUCGAUCGUACCAAAUAUGAUUGGCCAAGGACGUGACACAUGUGAACAAAAUCUUAAAGAUGUGAUGUAUAUCUGGCAAAUGCAUGGUUGAACAUGAAAUUUAGUCAAAUCAAUCUAAACUGAUAUGUCUUUUCAAUAUUAUUGGUAAAAGAUACAACUCCAUAAUGAAAAUAAUUUUAUUUUUAUUAUUUUUCAAGUAAUUCAUAUAAUCUGUACUUUUUUUUUGUGUAUGUUACCUUACUGUUUUUUUUUUUUACUAUUCAGUGUGUUUUUGUGUGACUCUUCUUACAUGUUUCAUUUCAUUUUAUGCUGCCUAUUAUAAUGUACAAUAACAUAGAUUGUUUUGUGUAUAAAAUAUGAUAAAAACUAUGAUAAGAAGAGUUAGUAUAGAUAAAUACAAUGUAGGUUGUGACGUUAUUCUUUAUUUUUUGCGUCAUCACUUGGCAAAUAAUAGGAGCACUUGAAAGAAUAAUAAAAUUUCGAAUAUGAAUUUAAUAGGAAUAUGAUGGAUUUAAUUUGAUGGAAAAUAUUUGAAAUAAAAAUGAAAUCAAUUGCACAAGCUGGAUAAUAAAAUUUAAGAAAUGAUACAUUCUGUUUUAAACCCUUCUAUUUGUUUGGUAAUUCUGAUUUUUACCAUGGAUACUUAUAGCACCCGAAAAUGACUAUAAAAUUUUCUGUAACAGGACACUACUAUGAUGUAAUCUUAAUCCUAUAAAAACAUUUUUUUAAACCAGGAAUUAAAAUUCAGAUUAUAGUGUAUUUAUUAUAAAAAGCAUGAGGAUAUUCAGCAACUUUCGAAUGGAAAUUUGAGUUUAUUUUAACAUAAGGUGGGCAUAAUAUGUUAAUGAAUUGAUAGCCUUUAAUUACUGUUGAUCGGUGCUUUAACUUGUAAUAUCUGACAAUAUUGAAUACUACUAUAAUUUAAUUCAAUGGCAUGAAUUUUGUAUGCACUCAAUGAUUGGGUUAUUUUUCUUUUAUAAAUAAGUGGUUGCAUCAAUUUAUAUGUAUUCAAAGUUGAUACUGCAGCUAAAUGAAUUGUUGGUUGAUAAUAAGAUUUAUAAUUUUAUGUAACCUGUAUUUUUGUUUUGUUGCACAAUCCCUGUAUGUUUUCUAAUAAUUGUAGUGAAAAACUGUUUUUAAAAUUUUUAAUAGUAGUAAUAAUAUUGUAAUUUUAUUCUAAUAAAAAUACCAAUUUUAUAUAAUAAGCCAUUUUUUCGAUUCAUUAAUCCAUGAUAAUCGCAAUGGAAUCAUAAAUAUCUUACACAAAGUCGCCAGUUGUUUCUGCAGAAUAUUUUAGCUUACGUAUUUCUGGGUUUAUUCUGGCCAAACGGUUGUGAGCAGUUUUAUAUUCCAUUGUCUAUAAAAAAGAAUGUGUGUCCAAUGGAGCACUGUACAUCAUCAGCUAAAGAUGGAAAUUUAAAUCGAUUUUGGCGAGGUGCUGCCCGAAGUAUUAAAAGUGAAAAAUGCUCUGUCUCAAACCUUGACUCAUUGGUUCUUGAAUAUAUCUGGUACAUAAAAUGGUAGAGAAGGUUUUUCAACUUUGUGAAUGUCACUUAAUUAUUAAUAAUGGGUUAAUUUCCCAUUGUUAUAGUUAUACUAGUUUUUUGUUCUUGAACGCUACAGCGAUAUUUUUUUUUUGCGUUUUAACUCAAUAAAUUUUGCUACUUAACAUGUUGUGGCAUUUUA